AUGUCUCAUCUUUAUCUAUUAAAUCAUGAUAAACAAAUACAUAUUAAUAUCGAUGAAAAAAUCGAUCUUUCUCAUUUAUUUAUUGCAGCUACUUAUCGUCAAUUAGUAUUAGCAUCAAAUAGUAUUUUAACGAUCUAUGAUCUUUCUUCUAUUCUUCUUAAAGAAGAAUUCAAUAAUUUAUAUACUACAAUUAAUAUUCCAAAUUCGAUUCUUGCUUUAACAUCAACAAUUGAUCGAAUUAUUUAUAUUUAUCAUUCAUUAGAUAAUCCUAAUGAAUUAAAAAUAUGUUCAAUACCUUCUCAACAACAAGAACAAAGUUUAAUAAUUGAAUCAUUUGAUAUUAAUGAAAAAAUUCAUCUAUGUUCUCUUGAUAAUGGAACUAUAUUUAUUGCAUACAAAUCACAAAUAUAUUCAUUAAACAAUGAUCGAUGGUCAUUUGAUUCAAAAAUUAUCAAAUUAUGUAGCGGAAAAGAACAUAUGUUAAUUUUACUAUCUGAUGGACGAGUUUUUUCUUAUGGAAAUGGUCUUCAUGGUGCACUUGGUCAAGGAGAUCUUGAACCAUGUUUUCAACCUACACAUAUUGAAUCAUUAUCUAAUAAUGUUAUUGAUAUAGCUGCUGGUGGAUGGCAUUCAUUAGCUCUUUUUUCGGAUGGAUCAGCCAUGUCAUGGGGUUGGAAUAAUGAUGGUGCUCUUGGUCUUGAAUCGUCUGAUAACGAUGAUAUCGGAGGUGUAUUUUGUGAUCCAACACUUGUUACUUGUAUACCAAUAGAUAUCGAUUGUACAUAUAUAUCUGCAGGUGCAAGACAUAGUGCUUUUAUUGGUGCAAAUGAUUAUGUAUGGUUAUGUGGUUCGAAUAAACAUGGACAAUUAGGAAGUUUACCAUCAUUUUCUAUUGAAAAAAGAACUUCAGUUUAUUGUUUAUCUUGGUUUACUUUUUCAAUUAUUCAUUAA